CACCCGCGGGCACCUUCGGGAGUGUCCAAGCCCGGGCGGACUCGAGGGGCUUUGGAGAAGGUUCGGCUCCAGGCUGAGGCUUGGCCGAGACGCUGGCCUGGAGGAGGAGGAGGAGGAGGACGCCUGAGACUCUCCUUGGUCCAGGGAGGUCAGAGUGACAGCGACCCCCUCACCUGGAAGGAAGAAGAAGCCUCUGGAAGUUGGGAAGCUCCUGCGUCCGCGGCUCCGAAGGAUUGUACAUGGUGAACGGACCCCCACUCUUCACCGAGAGCACCGUGUUCCCAAGGGAAUCUGGAAAGAACUGCAAAGUCUACACCUUUAGUAGGGAUGGGACCUUGUUUGCCUGGAACAACGGAGAAAAAAUAAACAUUAUCAGUGUCCCUGACAAGCGGCUCCUGCACUGCUUUGACCUUCCGAAGGCGGUUUGCCUUGAGUUCUCGCCAAAGAGCACCAUCCUGGCGGCGUGGCAGCCUUACACAACUUCUAAAGAUGGAGCAGCUGGAACACCCAACCUACAACUUUACGAUGUGAAAACGGGGGCGUGUUUGAAGUCUUUCAUUCAGAAAAAAAUGCAAAAUUGGUGUCCGUCAUGGUCAGAAGAUGAAGCCAUUUGUGCCCGAAAUGUUAACAAUGAAAUUCACUUCUUUGAAAACAACAAUUUCGAUUCCAUUGUAAAUAAAUUGCAUUUGCAAAAAGUUAACGAUUUUGUGUUAUCACCUGGACCCCAACCAUACAAGGUGGCUGUCUAUGUCCCCGGAAGUAAGGGUGCCCCUUCAUUUGUUAGAUUAUACCAGUACCCCAACUUCGAUGGACCUCACGCAGCUUUAGCCAAUAAAAGUUUCUUUAAGGCGGAUAAGGUCACGAUGCUGUGGAAUAAGAAAGCUACUGCGGUGCUGGUAAUAGCCAGUACGGAGGUGGACAAGACCGGCGCCUCCUACUACGGUGAGCAGACGCUGCACUACAUCGCGACCAACGGAGAGAGCGCCGUGGUGCAACUCCCAAAGAAUGGCCCCAUCUAUGAUGUGGUGUGGAAUUCCAGUUCCACUGAGUUUUGCGCAGUGUAUGGCUUCAUGCCUGCCAAGGCGACCAUUUUCAACCUGAAGUGCGACCCCGUGUUCGACUUUGGCACCGGCCCCCGGAACGCAGCCUUCUACAGCCCGCACGGACACAUCCUGGUGCUGGCGGGGUUCGGGAACCUGCGGGGGCAGAUGGAGGUGUGGGACGUGAAGAACUACAAGCUCAUCUCCAAGCCCGUGGCCUCGGACUCCACCUACUUCGCCUGGUGCCCCGACGGCGAGCACAUCCUCACGGCCACGUGCGCGCCGCGGCUGCGGGUGAACAACGGCUUCAAGGUGUGGCACUACACCGGCUCCGUGCUGCACAGGUACGACGUGCCCGCCAGCGGGGAGCUCUGGCAGGUCUCCUGGCAGCCCUUCCUCGACGGCACAUUCCCGGCCAAGAGAAUCACGUACCAGGCGGUGCCCAGCGACGUGCCCAGCGAGGAGCCCAAGGUCGCCUCGGCCUACAGGCCCCCGGCCCUGCGGAACAAGCCCGUCACCAGUUCCAAGCUGCAUGAGGAGGAACCACCUCAGAAUAUGAAGCCGCAACCAGGGAAUGACAAGCCAUUAUCCAAAACCGCCCUUAAAAAUCAGCGGAAGCACGAGGCUAAGAGAGCCGCAAAGCAGGAAGCAAGAAACGACAAGAGCCCAGACGUGGCGUCUCCUCCCGCUCCCCAGAGCGCGCCCCGCAACCCUGCGCCGCAGCCGACUUCCGGAGACCCCGAGACAGACAAGAAGAUCAAGAACCUAAAGAAGAAGCUGAAGGCCAUCGAGCAGCUGAAGGAGCAGGCGGCGGGCGGGAAGCAGCUGGAGAAGAAUCAGCUGGAGAAGAUCCAGAAGGAGAAAGCGCUUCUGCAGGAGCUGGAGGACCUGGAGCUGGGCGUGUGAGGAGCCCCAGGGAGCACGCGUGACCGACGGACGCGGCGUCAGCAGCAGGCGGGUGCCGGGACCCUGCGUCCGUCCGCCCUGGGGGGCCGCAGGCGCCUCUGCCGCCGUCUCGGACUCGCUCUGUUGGGCCGGCCAGGCGCGGUUCGAGAGGCCUGGAUGAUGCCUAUUAAAUUGAUUUCCACAC